AUGCGGUCCCUGGACAGCACCGGUGCCACGGAGCUGCAAGAGCCCGGGCCGUCUCAGCUACUGCCGGACGAUGUGCUCCCGGACCCACAUGAGGAGCCGGCAGCUGCGGAGGUAGCUGGGGCGCCCGGCCCCGGCCGGUGCAGCCUCUGCAGGUCCCUGCCGUGCGGCUGGUGCUCCGAGCGGGAAGCCAAGAAGAAAGCACCCUGUCCUGGACUUGGCUUGUUUUACACAUUGCUGUCUGCCUUCCUUUUCUCAGUGGGCUCUAUGUUUGUUAAAAAAGUACAAGACAUCCAUGCUGUAGAAAUUAGUGCGUUUCGAUGCGUGUUCCAAAUGCUAGUCAUUAUCCCUUGCUUAAUAUACAGAAAAACUGGGUUUAUAGGCCCCAAAGGUCAACGAAUGUUCCUCAUUCUGAGAGGAACCCUUGGUUCUGCUGCCAUGAUCCUUUUAUACUAUGCUUUCCAGGCAACAUCCCUCGCAGAUGCCACUGUUAUCACGUUUAGCAGUCCAGUGUUUACAUCUCUAUUUGCUUGGAUAUUUCUCAAAGAAAAAUACAGCCUUUGGGAUGCGCUCUUCACCCUAUUCACAAUUACUGGAGUGAUCCUUAUUGUACGACCACCAUUUUUAUUUGGUUCCAACCCUGAGAGGAUGGAAGGAAGCUAUUCAGUCCACCUUAAGGGAACAUUCGCAGCAAUUGGACAUGCUGUACUUGCUGCAUUGACUUUAGUUAUCCUAAAGAAAAUGGGCAAAUCUGUGGACUACUUUUUGAGCAUCUGGUAUUAUGUAAUACUUGGCCUCGUGGAAUGUGUCAUCAUCCUCUCUAUAUUAGGAGAAUGGAGUCUGCCUUUCUGUGGAUUAGACAGGCUAUUUCUCAUACUCAUUGGGCUGUUUGGUUUGGGGGGUCAAGUAUUUCUCACAAAAGCAAUUCAAAUUGAAAAAGCAGGGCUAGUAGCAAUAAUGAAAACUAUGGAUGUGGUGUUUGCUUUUAUCUUUCAGAUUAUUUUCUUUAACGAUGUGCCAACAUGGUGGACAGUGGGCGGGGCACUCUGUGUAGUAGCCAGUAGUAUUGGCGCAGCCAUUCGUAAAUGGUGCCAGAGUUCCAAGUGAAGCAUAAUUGUUGGCAUACAUUUGGUCAAGCACACCGUCA